UCAUGUAAAAGUGUCACUGGAAGAAGUGGCUCUGUGUUGAAUCCAUGCCUUUAAUGCGCAGUUCUGCUCUUCUUUUCCUGUUUCAGUGUAAAGAGAGGAUGAGGCCGGUCAAAGCAGCACUGAAGCAGCUUGAUAGGCCUGAGAGAGGCCUUUCGGAAAGAGAACAGCUGGAACAUACUAGACAGUGCUUGAUAAAAAUCGGAGACCAUAUUACGGAAUGUCUGAAAGAGUAUACAAAUCCUGAACAAAUCAAGCAGUGGAGAAAAAACCUGUGGAUUUUUGUAUCUAAGUUUACUGAGUUUGAUGCAAGAAAAUUACAUAAAUUAUAUAAGCAUGCUAUUAAAAAACGGCAGGAAUCUCAGCAAAAUAAUGACCAGAACAGCAGCUUGAAUACUCAAGUGACUAGAAAUCCAGAUGUGGAAAGAUUAAAAGAGAAUACAAAUCAUGAUGACAGCAGCAGGGACAGUUAUUCAUCUGACAGACACUUAUCUCAAUAUCAUGAUCAUCAUAAAGACCGACAUCAGGGAGAUUUGUACAAGAAGAGUGACUCUAGAAAGAGACCUUAUUCUUCUUUUAGUAAUGGUAAAGAUCAUCGUGAUUGGGAUCACUACAAGCAAGACAGCAGAUAUUAUAGUGAUAGAGAGAAACACAGAAAACUGGAUGAUCACAGGAGUAGAGACCACAGAUCAAAUUUGGAAGGAAGUUUAAAAGACAGAACUCAUUCUGAUCAUCGUUCUCAUUCGGAUCAUCGGUUACAUUCAGACCAUCGAUCAAGUUCUGAAUAUACACACCAUAAAUCUUCCAGGGAUUAUAGGUAUCACUCAGAUUGGCAGAUGGACCAUAGAGCUUCCAGUAGUGGCCCCAGAUCUCCACUAGACCAGAGGUCUCCUUAUGGCUCCAGAUCUCCAUUUGAACACUCAAUUGAACACAAAAGUACACCUGAGCAUACCUGGAGUAGUCGGAAAACAUAACAAAAACUGAUAUUGUCUUUUCUGGACUUUUCUUUUAGCCAUAUAUCAUAAACCAACACAGUAAUUGCCUUACAUGACUUGAAAGAUAUAAACAGAUCUUCUGUCAGUAGCAGUAUUGUUACUUCUUUCCAGGAUGCAAGGUCUAUUAUCCCAACAGAAGAGAAAAUAUUUUUAUAUUUAAGGAUUAUGCUGCACUGUACUACAAAUAUUGUAGUACUAUUUUUUUUUUUCUUUUUUAAAGAAAUGGAAAAUGUUUACUAUUACAGGGACCUCAACACUGCCCUUCCAUGUAGGCUGGAUAAAACUGUUUUUAAGUCAGUGAUUUUAGACUGACGUCCAUUUAAAUUAUGUUUGUAUAUGAACUUUACUCUUACCUGUGAUCAUGUUUCAGGAAGGAAUGAAAGAGAGUUCUUUUCUUAAUAAAGAAAACACACUCAAGGACUUUAUUCACUUUCCAAAGCUACUUGUUUACAUUGUACACUGCGACCACCUUGCCGCUUUUCAUCACAAGCUUGAAUAUUUAAAUUCUGUACUUAUAUCUGUAAAAUAGCCAGGAAAUUCCUGUUUGUGAUCUAUUAUUAUGCCUUUUUACACACACACAAACAAUGACUGUAAAUUAUUGUAAAUGAAUUAAAUGAGCUUUCCUUAC